AUGCAGAUCCAUCUGGAGGUCAUUAACGAGGGGGUAGGUCCAGCCGCCAUCCUUAGCCGCCUCGACAACAGAAUUUAUGCCGUUGACAGGGCAGCCAAUCUCAUUGCCUCACACAUGCCUGCAACGAUUUUCGAGUGUCUGCGACGAGAGUUUGGUCACCCUUCGAUGCCCUGGGUUGCUCGUGCAGCCCUGAAGGAGCGCCGACAGCUUGCUGGGGAAUCGGUCGUCGACUUCCAACGACAUCUACGUGUCCUGGCCCGACAGGAGUUUCCCGACAACUCCUUCGCAGAGCUGGAGGCCAGGAUACUGCAGAACUCUGUAUAUGGCAUCGCCCUCCCAGAGAUCCAACGCUAG